AUGUUUCCAAACUCGAUCGCAGACGCGUUGAGCGGUGAAGGGGAUUUGUUUAACUCUUUUGUCAUUGCGGGAGCACCAGAGGUACCAAAGGAUAAGAAUAGGAAUGAGAUGGGACUUGCCAGUCCCAAAGCUGAACCAGUGGGAGAGAGUGGUUUGAAUGCUGUCGGAGGAUAUUUGGGGGAUGACAGUCGAACGAAGCCGCCACCAAAGUUUGACCUCAGUGGUGCGGAUAAGAUCUUGGAGGUUACGACUGCUAAAACCUCCUUCUUCCGUGGGAAAGCAAAGGCGAUGCCAAGCUACCCAGUGAAGUUUUCGGCGAUCAUCGUUGGAGCCCGAGAGGAAGCGAUUGAAACACCUUUCGAUUGA